GACGGUUGAGCUUGGGAGAGAAAUCGUCUCCCAAGUCCAUUGUGAACAUAUUCGACGUUACGCGAGAACGAAUCUGGCCGGAACACGUGCCAGAAAAUGCAAGUUAUCGGGUCGUCGCGUUGAGAAAAGUGAGUGUCCGUUCGUCCCGCGAUACACGUGGGCGGCUUCCGGCAAAAGAGAAAAGAAAAAGAUAAAGUAUUCGAGUCGGUCGCGUCGCUUGUUAGAUGGGCGAUUGAUUUUUGGUGUCGCGCGAGAAAACGUACAUCUCGACGUGUACGAAUCUCGCGAUUCGCUAGUAGUUGUGUGACGGCAAGCAUUAAUUAAGAAUCGAUGCUAGAGGGGGAGAGAAAGAGGGGGUGGAAUCUGGUGCGCGAAUGUGUGUAUGCAGCAAGGAGUCGACAGGAGAGAGAAAGAGAGAGAGUGAGGACACGCACGAGGGAGAGAGAGAGAGAGAGAGAGAGGGAGAAAAUGGGAGCGAGGAGGCGCCGUCAACGUUCGCUUUUACAAAAUGACGGAGCGAAAGGGACAGACGCGGGUGCGCGCGCGCUCUCUUUGCCGGUUGCUCUCUCUCCUCGGGCGGUUCUCUCUCGAGAACGCAUUCCGCGACACUUCCGCGAUCUCGUGGCGUUACCCGGGUAGACGCCCCCCCCCUCGCGGUGUCUUGCGUUCACGCGCGCGCGCGCGCGAUAGCGCCGGUCUCUCAAAGUCCCCCGCGCGGGAGCUUUGACAUACGCGGAAACUGUGUGGCGUCAUCUCCACGCAGUUGAGAGAGAAAAAAGUGAUGUUGUGUUGUCUCCCUCUGAUAGGGAUAGAUAUUCAUAGAAGAGAUAAAGAGAGUAGAAUGUCGCGUCGCGAGUGACCGCUUUCGUUGUGACGGGAAAGCGAGGAUCGCGCGUUGUCCGCUCGCGAGUCGAGUCGGCCGAGUCGUCCGUUUCCUCGGCCGAAUGUCGGGUUGUAAGAAUUGGCGCGCUACACCCGCCGUCGCGAGUGUCGCCGGCGCGGCUCGUUACCUCGCUGCCGAGGAGGACUCGCGGUUCGUUCGCGCGUUUCCGGCGCGAGAUCGCGAUCGACCGCCGGUCGCGACGCUCCCGGUUCGCUCCUCCUCGUGGAAGGCCGUUGACGAUCCCUCGCGCGCGCGCGUCAUUGUCUCCGAGUUCCCCGGGAACUCCGUCCGAUUCGCGCGCGGAAACCUAACGCAUGGAUCUCUGGACGUGCGGUGAGUGGCCGAUGGCCAGUCGAUUCUAAGGACGAGUGCUUCUGGUACUUCCUUCUGGUCUUUUGCGGCGCCCGGCGUAUUAUCCUUAUGGUUGCAGCUUUGUCUACGGAGCAUUAACAUUAUUCGUACCUGCACUGCGCUCGAUAUCUGGAUUAAUUAGAUGUUCUUUGCUGUACCUUUGGUCUUCCAUCUUGCAUUUUUACUAUAAGAAAUGUCGUCCCGAGAUUAUGACAGAAGAAGAGGUAAUGGCAGCAGUAGCAACUCGAGCAGAUUGCGAAUGGACACGAGCGUGUCGCAGCCCAGACCACAUGGCGAGAGUUCUAGCAAGCGAAAAGAGAUAGAUAAUGUGAUGCGGAAAGCGCGCGAAUCGCAAUCGAGCUACUGGAACAAGAAGCUGUUGGAGGCGGAAGAACGAGAUCCGAAUAGGUGGCGUCACAGCGGAUACAAGGAGUUAUACGUCGGGGGUACCGGCGGCAGCGGCGAGCCCAGCAGAGGACACCCCAGGAGCCCGAGAAGUCCUCGACCUCGCAGUCCCCACAGUCCGCGACCGCGCAGUCCUCGUGCGAGGAGUCCGCGAUCGCCACGCGAGCGUUCUUCCCGCGAGCACAAUAGAGGCAGACAACCGACCGCUCGUAGCCCCAGCACAGGCAGCACGUGCUCCGACAGAUCGUGUUCCGUUUGUUCGCCGAAAGAACGACGACGCGUCGCGCCGCUGUCCCGUUCGCGUUCGCGAUCGAUCACACCGGUACGAGGUCGAGCGCAUCCUAAGGAAGUGGUUGCUUCCAGUUCGCGAGCUUUACCACCGCGUGCUAGACCGCGAUCGCCGCCGCUACCGCGUCCACGUACACCACCACCGGCACCUCAGCCGCCGCCGCGUCAUCAGAAGGAUUACAAGACUCUCAAGGAGAAAGAAGCCAAGAUUCGCCGCAAAGAAAAACAUCAUAGCAGGUUGCCGGAGGAUCCACGAGUACCAGAUCCCAUCCCAUUGAUGCGUAAAGCAGUCAAAGUGGAAAAAACACACACGAGUCAUGGAGCACCACAAAUGAUGCGACCUCCACCGGAAUCGUCGCCUAGUGACGAUAGCGACAGUUCCUCCACUACAUCCCACGUUGGGCCGCCGAGAAUGACAUUAUCUGAACGAUUUGGUAAAAUGGCACAGUGGAGCGUGGAUCGUAGAGACAUGGAAAACAUGCGCAUCACGAAAGACGGCGAGAACGCGAUGAAGGUCGUUAUAGAGGGUGAGGAGAGGAUUGCGCGUCUAGGAUACGAUUCGCCACCACCCGGUCAUUAUCCCGAGUCGCUUCUGGCGCAAGGACCGAGAGGUUUCGAGGGUUGGGACGAUGUGCGCGUCCGUUACGACUAUUAUAAAGCUAGAGGUUACCUUCGUGACCUCACUCUUGAUGAUUAUAUCAAGUGGGAAGAAUGGUGGUAUAAGUAUCAGGAAUGGCUCGAAGCCGAACGGUUCUAUGAGCAAUGGGCCUCAUCGUCGAAUCGUCCUUCUGGCGGCAGUCGCAAACGACGUGGGCGACGCAAUAACACCGCUCACUAAAAUAUGUAUGACAACAAUUCUACUACGGAUUAUGCUGAGAUAUAUCAUAUCUGUAUACUUAGAGUAUGCAGGAAAAAUGUAUGUAUAAGCGCUCUAUAUGUAUCGUAAUAAAAAGUAUAAAUGUGA